AGUCACGAUCGAUAUUCAGAUUGGAUCGACACACAGAGGCGCGUGCUACCUACCCAUUUUCAAUUGCCCGACAGUACCCGGGUCCGACUUCAUUUAACUGCGCGUUGCGAGGCCAGCAAAGUAUCAGUCGCCGUUCACGAGCUCAAGCAUGCAGAGCUCGAUGCCCUGCAGUUCGCGAACCAUGGCGCUCGCAAUGCUGCUCGUCUCCGCCCUCUUCUUCGUCGCUUCCCAUGCAGCAUUUCCUAUCCCUGUCCAAGCUGCCGCCGACGACUUCCUCCGGUGCAUGUCGGCGUCCGUCCCCGGCAAUCUUCUCUUCCCGCGGAGCUCGCCGUCGUUCGCGUCCGUCCUGGCGUCGUCCGUCCGGAACCCGCGGUUCCUCGGGCCGGCCGUGGUGCGGCCGCUCUGCAUCGUCACGGCGACCAACGCAUCCCACGUCCAGGCCGCCGUCGUCUGCGGCCGCCGGCACGGCGUGCGCCUCCGCGUGCGCAGCGGCGGGCACGACUACGAGGGCCUCUCGUUCCGGUCCGCGCGGCCCGAGGAGUUCGCCGUCGUCGACCUCGCCGCCCUCCGCUCCGUGCGCGUCACCGUGAGGGAGCCGGCCGAGGCGUGGGUCGAGUCCGGCGCCACGCUCGGGGAGCUGUACCACGCCAUCGGGAAGGCGACGAACCUGCACGCGUUCCCGGGGGGGCUCUGCCCGACGGUGGGCGUCGGGGGCCACCUCAGCGGCGGCGGCUUCGGCAUGCUCCUGCGCAAGUACGGCCUCGCCUCCGACCACGUCAUCAACGCCGUGAUGGUCGACGCCGAGGGACGGCUCCUGGACAAGCAGGCAAUGGGGCGCGACGUCUUCUGGGCCAUCCGGGGCGGCGGCGGCGGGAGCUUCGGCAUCGUGCUGUCGUGGAAGGUGAGGCUCGUGGCCGUGCCGCCGAGGGUCACGGUGUUCACCGUCGUCAAGUCGGCCCAGCAGGGCGCCGCGGACGUGCUCGCCAAGUGGCAAGAGGUGGCCCCUGCUCUCCCCGACGACCUGCUGGUUCGGGUGGUCGUCCAGGGUGACAAGGCGAGGUUCCAGGCCCUGUACCUGGGCACCCGCGACGCGCUCCUGCCGGUGAUGGGCAGCCGCUUCCCGGAGCUCGGCGUCAACCCGGCGCACUGCAAGGAGAUGUCCUGGAUCCAGUCCGUGCCCUACAUCUACAUCGGCGACACGGCCACCGUCGACGACAUCCUCAACCGGACCGUCCCCAGGGACUCCGCCGCCAACAAGGCCACGUCCGACUACGUCCGCCGCCCCAUCUCCAGGGACGUGUGGGCGCGCAUCUUCUCCGACUGGCUCGCAAGGCCCGACGCGGGGCUCAUGAUCCUCGACCCCUACGGCGGAAGCAUCGCCCGCGUGCCCGACCACGUCACGCCCUUCUCGCACCGCGCCGGCGUGCUCUACAACGUGCAGUACAUGAACUUCUGGGGCGGCGGCGGCGACGGCGCCGCGCAGACCAGGUGGGUCAGGGACAUGUACGCCUUCAUGGAGCCCCACGUCAGCAACAACCCGAGGGAGGCCUACAUCAACUACAGGGACCUCGACAUCGGCCAAAACGUCGUCGGCGCCGGCGGCGUCACCAGCUUCGAGGCCGGCAGGGUGUGGGGGGAGAAGUACUACUCCAAGGCCAACUUCAGAAGGCUCGCCAUGGCCAAGGCUAAGAUCGACCCCCGCGACUACUUCAGGAGCGAGCAGAGCAUCCCGCCGCUUGUUCUUGUUGGGGAGAACGUGCCGCACGUUGAUAGCGUGAUGAAUCUCCAUCCUGGUUGGUGGACGGUGGACUGCGGGGCAGGCAGUCUCUGCUCACGCCUUACCUCCAUCUUAACUAAGCUCAUGCCUGCUUUCUCUUAGACGUAGCAUCCCAUUUUGUUUUACAUACUAUUUUGCACUCUCAUUGUCUACUUACUACUCCCUCCGUCUUAAAAUAAGUGUCUUAACUUUAUACUAGCUCUAGUACAAAAUUAUACUGAGCUUGAGACAAUUAUUUUAGGACGGAGGAAGUAUUUGUUAGCCGGAAAUAAAGCUUGAAAUCAUUGUGCGUGUUGGAA